CCACUAAAUGAUCUCCUUCCCAAUGAUGAGGAGAAGCACAUUCAAACAAUGAAAGGAAUGCAGCACCAAGACCAAGCUGGUCAGCAGAGCAGCAAUGAGACCAGCACCCACCUCAGAAUCCUUCAUAACCUGGUGAAAGAGUACGCAGCUCUGGGCCGGUACGAGGUGGCGGUGCCGCUCUGCAGAAAGGCUCUGGUGGACCUGGAGAAAGCCUAUGGACAUGAUCAUCCCAAAGUGGCCACCAUGCUCGACACCCUGGCACUCAUGUACAGAAAUCAGCGAAAAAUAUAGAGAAGCUAAUCGCUUGCUGAUUGAUGCUCUCUCCAUCAGAGAAAAGACACUUGGGAAAAGACCAUCCUGUUGUGGAAGCUACUCUCAAUAAUCUGGCUAUGCUGCACAGUGAACGAGGCCAAUAUAAGGAGGCUGAGCUAUUGUAUAGACGAGCGCUAGAGAUCCAAGAGAAGUUGUUUGGGAAAGAUCAUCCCGAUGUGGUGAAGCAUUUGAAUAAUUUGGCCCUGGUCUGUCAGAAUCAGGGCAAGUAUGAGGAGGUGGAGUGUUAUUACCGCAGAGCUCUGAAGAUUGAUGAAUGCAAACUCGGCCCAAAUGACCCCAGUGUGGCCAAAACCAAGAACAACCUGGCAUCCUGUCUUCUCAAACAAGGCAAAUAUAAAGAAGCUGAGAUUCUUUACAAAGAAAUUCUGACCAGUGCUCAUGAGAAGGAGUUUGGAUUGGUGGACGCUGAAAACAAACCCAUCUGGAUGCACGCUGAGGAAAGAGAGGAGGGGGAACUCAGUGACAACACACUGUAUCAAAAACAAGGCUGCGGCUAUAAAGCCAGUAAAGUCGACAGUCCGAUCAUAAAUGUGACACUGAGGAAUCUAGCAGCUCUGUACCGCAGACAGGGUAAGAUAAUGGCAGCAGAAAUGCUGGAGGAAUGUGCCACAAGAUCCCACAAACAGGAUGGCAGUGGAGAAUUGAAUCGCAGCGGCUCAAUUGCACAGCUCAGAACUGUGUUGCUAAAGAAGAGCAGUAAUAUGCUGGAUAAGAGACUACAGGACCGCAAACCCCCACAGAUGCACAAACAACUCGGGUUGUUUAAGCACAUGCAACAAAAACACACAAAGUAAUACACAGUGUAGAACAUUGUGGCCAAAACUUAACCCUUAUAAUUGUUACAGCAAAUCCUGAUCUGAUCUAAUGGGACAGAAUCUACCUGAGGCUUCCUGUAAAACACCCUAAGCGACUGACAAAAUGUAAUCUCGCUGCUAGUUAGGACAGAUCCAUGUUAAAUAGUUGUGCAUUCUAAUGUUUUACUGAUUUAUUUUGGCCUGCACUGCAAUCUUAGUAUAAUUAGACAAUCUCAGCUUGUGAUAAUGGCAAAUACUUUAUGAUAAUGAAUGUAGUCUGACCCAAUCCUUAAAAGAGAACAUUUAGUAUUACAAAGAUUUUAUUAGUCAUUAUUUCUAUUUGAAGGUGUCAGUGGAAGUUUUGUAAGUUUUAGUUAAUUUUGGUGACAAAUUACUCACACACGUUAGUGUCAUGACACACAAAUCACCACAAACAUACAAUGACACACAUUUGAAGACAGGAGAAAAGAAUGAAGAUUGUCCUUUCGACAUUUUUUUUUUUUACAUUUUCAUUUUUAUUUUAGUUGUAUUUUCAUUGUAUUUUUCUUCUUUAGAGAAUGAAAGCAUGACACCUCACUGCUCACCUCACUGAUUUUAACUCAAUAGGAGUUAAAAUCUGAACAAACUAAACUGCUCUACUCUUAACCAACCAGAACCUUCAUAUGAGACUUGUAAACUUAAAAAAAAAAAUCCAUCACCAUUUUUUUUUUUUUUACAUGCAUACAUUGCAUAGUUAAAAUCUAUGGUGUCUUCUUUUUUAGCAUGCACUUUUUGAGUAUUUCCAUUUGCAAUUAAUUCUUACUGUAUACAGGCUGAUCCUUCUUUGUAUUAGUUGGCUGAGUAAUUAUGUAAUUACUGAUUGUAAAAGACCCCACAAUCGGACUUCUAAUGCAGAUCAAACUACAUGCAUGAUCAAAUCAAUCAGUUGCUUUAAUAACUUUAUUAUCAUAAUGAAUUUGACAAUCACCAAUAAAGCACAGUAAAUAAUA